ACCACUGAGUCACCGCGCACGUUACUUAUAUAUAAGACCCGAGAUACAACACCCGCUCAGUGUGUCUUAGUGUCUGCAGGAGUGUGGGUUUACUCUCGUACUUAACCUGCAAAAGUGUUUGUGCUGUGGAUUGACAAUAUUUUAGUUCUUAAAAAGCCAAGAGGAUAUCAACAAUGGUCGCUCCGUACUUCGAGGGUCACUUGAAGAGGUCUCUGGUUCGUAUACCGAACAGAUCCUCGGACAGAUCUCAGAAAGCCAUCAUCGCUGACCUCUCCAGAGUGUCUGGCCUGGCCGCCAUGUUGAAUGUUUCCCGUGGCUUGCCCCCUGGUUGCCUCUUCAACCCGUCUGUCUCUUCUCAACUCGUGUCCAACACGGGUAAAAUAUCUACAAACGCUAAUGCUUCCCCGACAACUCCAGUGGCCACCUCAAGACCUACUACUUUACCUCCUCAACCACCUAACGCAAUGACUCCCAGUUCAUCUGAUCAAGCCAUCAGGACGAGGCCUACCACAUUACCUGUUGAAGAGGUCACCGCUUCACCAGUAAGGGUAACUCCAUUAAUAAUACCAACGAGAGCACCCCACAUAAAUAUUUCAACUUGCCGGAAACACCCUAGACCUGAUGAACCUCAUGACGUGGUAUCGAGAGAUGUCUUCCCGCCCUCUAAGAAAGCUCGAGUUACGCCAGAAACGUCUACUGAAGAAGUUCAGCAUGCUGGAAUGCUCCAGUCACCCACUGGCACCACUGGUAUAAGAAUGAUACCUGUAUAUGCAGUGCCCCUGACGCAAUACGUCUCCUCACACCUCCUGCAAGAGAGAAACAGACUCAAACAAGAGAAUUUGGUUCUGAAACGGCGACUGAUUCAGAUCCAGCAGCUCUUCCGCAACAAACAGCAACUAACCACCGUGGUCAGGAACCUUGGUAUUCAGGUGCAGGAAUAAGCUCUAAGACGAGGCUGACGUAUUGUAAUUCUGGUCAAAGAACUUUCCUCACCAUCUAUUAUCGUCCCAUCAUUAUAUACCAAUGUUGUCAUUCUCGGCCCAUUGAAUAAUGUUAUUAAUUUGUGUAAUGACCGUCACCUUAUGUGAAAUUUAUUUAAGAAAUUCAGUAAUAUAACUUAGUGCAGUGCCAUUAUAUGCAGUUUAAAAUCCCUUUUAAUAUGUAUCAUAUCUACCGAAACCAUAACCCUCAAGGAAGGUUCCUUAAGGCCGGUGAAGUGCUCUUGAUCCAAGGAUUUGGUCCUAAACGCCUCUUCCCGGGAUCAAAUUUAAUUACCCGCCAUUCCCUCAGGUGCUAUAUGGUUCCUAAGGCUUUAGUGUUUUCCCAUAAAUGUAGUAAUACCAAGACAAAUUAAGUCGAGUUUUAGUGACAAACCAUUAUCUUCAAUGGUUAUACUGUAGUUAUAAUAUUCUUUACUGUGGCAUGUAUGUAUUUGUGCAUAUGUACAC